AUGCGUAUACUAAAAAUCCGCGAGGUCUUUGGAAUUCAACAGAUGUUUCGGGAAGAGGAUGUGCAAAUGUCGAGCUUACCAGUAAUUAAUGCCUCUGGCUUCAAUGGCCUUAUGGUCAGUCCAGCUAGUAUUCUCAAUGGGGCCCGAGAGAGCAACGAUGCUGGUGAUACGGACAGACAGUGCUCUACUGACAGGUCGAUCUCGGCCACCCCCUCACAAAGCGGAGACGAUCAGCACCAGGAUUUGGACGAUGAUCCGAUGAGUGGAAUGAUGGUAAAUGGAUCAGCGGGCGAUUCCACUUCACAGCAGCAAAAUUUGUCAUUAUCACAAGAAGUGGCUGAACUGAAGAACAAUUUUGUUUAUAUAUCACAUCAGAUGACUCGAAUCAUGCGUUCGUUGCAUGUGACGCCGUGUAUGUGUGAGACAUGCGGUCCAAAGCACAACUCGUUGAACGACACGCGGCCGAAGGAGGAAGUGUCAAAUGUACUGUCCGCAAUAUUCCCCGGCGCAACACCGCAACAACUGUCUGGCUUGGCCGAUUUGACAAAAUUGAAUCGAACACCCGUACCGGCACCACAACGGAUGGGAGCUGGUUAUGCUGGUCACCCGGGUGGUGGAAAACUUCCAGCAGCUGCAGCAGCCGAUCGAAGAGCUGUGGCCGAAUACGCUAGAGCGUACGGUGGUGCAGCUGCGGCGAAACGUUUCGGCAUUGCGCCACCUGUCUCCACUUACUAUCAGAGAAAAGACAGCGGAAAUACACUUCUUGCUGGAGCUAUGACAGCAUCGCCGGGACCAUCGUCGGAAGGAGAGGGUGAUGGUGGAAACCAAAUGCAAAACAAUCCAGAAAAUAACGUUCCUACACCAUCACAAAUAGCGCCUGCCUCCAUUCCCAACAAUCCAAUGGCGGCCCUACAGCAACAGCCUCCUACUCCAAGCGCACUACCUACUUCACAACCUCAAGCUCAGGCGGCUGCAGCAGCCGCCGUCGCAGCGGCGACAGGUUCUGGUCCAGCGGCUCCUGGACAAGCGGCUACACCCGGAAUGUUCACACCGGCUAUGGUAGACAUGCUACGAAUGAAUGCUGCUCAUGCGACAGGAUCCCCAGGUUUCCUGCGAGGACGAGGGCGAGGACGCCCGAAACUAAUUGGUGAUGAACUGGAUGCUGAUCUCGUCGACUAUAUGGUUACGGUAAAACAGGCUGAUCCGCAUGGGCAUUUGACCGCAUCACAAGCGCUGAUAAUUGCCAAGCAGUACAUUCUUGAAAAGGCACCUGGAUUGUUAGAAGAGCACGGAGGCCACGUAAAACUGAAACUUACAUGGGCUAUGAAACUAGUGUCCAGAAUCGCUGAGAGGCAAAAGGAAAUGGAACUUGGCUUGCCUGCCGGCAGUCUGUCAAAUCUUGGGCGACAUCAGCUGAAUAGUUUAAAUACCUCGCUGACUGGUGGUGGUUUUAUGGCCGAUAUGAUGACUCAAAAUAUUCUUAGUCAUCACAUGAUGAUGAAUAUGAACAACCAAGUGAAACAAGAGCCACCGGCUCCAGUAGAAGAGCCAAAAGAGGAUUUGCAGCCAGCAGUGGGAGCCCCAGAGAUAUUGAGCAUCAAGGAGCUGAAUUUGCCAUUCCUCAACAACCUGUUCGGAUGUUCGGACGAGAAUUCCGGGGUGAUUGAGGGCGAACUACCUGCGGAUAAUGAUCAGGAAAUGAACCUCGCCGGUACGGCCACCUCGAACUGAGUAGAGUCAGUAGCUCGAAGGCUGAGGUUUUAGUACGUAGAUUUCCCUAAUAAUCUUAUUUACCACUUAAUAAUUUCCAUUUUCACAUUUUCGACGCAUUUUGCGUGUUUUAUAAAUCUCAUUUGUUUUAUCACACGUAUGCGGACGCUCUCUCUCCCGUCAUGUCAUUUUUCUUAUUUGUGUCUAUUUUGUCGUGCUAUCCUCAUUUGUUUUAUUCAUGCACUCAUUUUGUCGUCACUAUGUAUAUUGUUUGUUUGAUUUUUUACGUGUUCUCUCGGAAAUGCCACACAAAGAAACGCGCUCCUCGUUCUCGUUUAGUAUGUGCUAAAAUGAGUCAACGGCACCAGCUGUUGUCGCUUCAAUUCAGACACACCGCACACAUACAGUAUCCUAGAUCUUUGUCGCUACAGUAUUCUUGUUCGUAUGAUCAGUGAUUUUGCACUACUUCUUUAUGUUCCACGUUGUUCUUACUAUGUUAUGAUAGGACUGAAAUGCACCAAGUUCAUUUUGAGAGGAUUUGCUGACUUUUCAAUUUUUGAGAUAGCGCAGGGAAUUUGGAGAAGAAAUUGAUGAUCAUGAUCUUUUAGGAACUAUUUUAGGUCAAAAUUGGGCCAAAAUACCCUUAUAAUUUGUCACUUGACAAAUUACCCUCGUCUUUAUCCGCACGACACUGCAAAAUUCUCCGAUCAUCUGAUUUUUCUUUCGAAAAUUCAUCCUCAUUUAUGACUUUGGCUUUGCUUUAAACUGUUAUCGCUUCAUACCUCUUUUCGUCAUUUUUUU